CACAGAAAGCAGAAUAAAUUCCGACUUAGAUGUGUGUUUUAUUCUGUCUCCUUUACCUAAUCAAUCCUGUUUAUAUAAUAGUAUUCCUUUACCUUCUUCCUAUCUCCUCACCACAACUCAGCAUAUUUCUCAUUCUCUCAAGUUUCUUUCUGAUCAUCAACAACAAAGGUUUCAACAAGCUGUUAUAUAUUCAAAUUGAUCAAACUGUUUCAACAACCAAAAUCAGAGUUUCUGUAACAAGGAUUGAUUUUUAAGUUUAAGGGAAUAUCAUCAAUCAAGAAACAACAAUGGCAAGGUCUGAGACAUACGAAAACGAUCUUCAUCUUGAAGCAACUGAGCUAAGAUUAGGAUUACCUGGUAGCAAAGAGCCACAAUCAACUUCUAAUAAUGUGGCAAGAAGUAACAAGAGAUCAUCACCUGAUCAACUGCAUGAGGAUUCCUCUUCAACAAACAAUUCCAGUGUUUCUGAUGCUAGAAAUGAAGAUUGCCCCCCUCCUUCCAAGGCACAAAUUGUUGGAUGGCCACCAAUCAGAUCAUACAGGAAGAACACCCUCCAACCCAAGAAGACAGAGUCUGAUGUUUCUGGGAUGUAUGUGAAAGUAAGCAUGGAUGGAGCACCAUACCUGAGGAAGAUUGACCUGAAGUUGUACCAGAGUUAUACAGAACUGUUGAAGGCCUUAGAAAGUAUGUUCAGGAUCUGUAUCGGCCAAUACUCCGAAAGAGACGGAUACAACGGUUCUGAUGUUGCACCUACCUAUGAAGACAAAGAUGGUGACUGGAUGCUGGUUGGAGAUGUACCAUGGGAGAUGUUCAACACUUCCUGCAAAAGGCUUCGAAUCAUGAAGUCUUCAGAAGCAAAGGGACUUGGGUGUCUAUGAGAAAAAGAGAGAAAUUCCUGUCAAAGGUGCUAAAAUUCAACAUAGAUCAGCAGAUAAUCCAAGCAAUGAAAAAGCUUCUGUUUUGGUUUAGGAAUACAUACAGAGAAUUGUCAGAUCAGAAAAAAUUUCACUUUCUUUUUUUCAUUUUGUGUUCUUUUUUGGUUUCUUGUGACGUUCUUGGAUGGUUUUGAGUUUCAUUCUGGUUUUGCAGCAACAAACUGAUAACAAAAGUCAAAACCCCUGUACUUUCUUAUACUUUGGAUAUAUAUGUAUUCGCCUGAGAUUCAA